GCGGGGGGCGCGCAGGCCCGGGGGCGUGGAGCGGGACCCCGACGGGGCAAGCGGCACCAGGGGCGCGGGGGACGGAGCCACACGAGCUGGAACGCGGGCCCAGAGACACCCCGGGAUGCAGCACCGAGGCUUCCUCCUCCUCGCCUUCCUCGCCCUGCUGGCGCUCACCUCCGCGGCGGCCAAAAAGAAAGACAAAGUGAAGAAGGGCGGCCCCGGGAGCGAAUGCGCCGAGUGGACCUGGGGACCCUGCACCCCCAGCAGCAAGGACUGCGGGGCGGGCUUCCGCGAAGGGACCUGCGGGGCCCAGACCCAGCGCCUCCGCUGCCGGGUGCCGUGCAACUGGAAGAAGGAGUUCGGAGCCGACUGCAAGUACAAGUUUGAGAGCUGGGGGUCCUGCGAUGGGAGCUCGGGCACCAAAGCCCGCCAGGGCACCCUGAAGAAGGCGCGGUACAACGCCCAGUGCCAGGAGACCAUCCGCGUCACCAAGCCCUGUGCCCCCAAGACCAAAGCCAAGGCCAAAGCCAAGAAAGGGAAGGGAAAGGACUAGAGGCCAGGCCUGAAUCCAAAGAGCCCCUGGCCCACAUGCUCCCUCCCCAGCCCCAGUAUAACCCACCAGUGCCUUUUGUGACUUCAGCUUUAUCAAUCAUGCCCGGCCCUCCCCCACCCCCCAAGUGCCUG